AUGUCAGCAAAGUGCUGCACGGUGAUUACCUGGUCCCUAGCAAGUCUUCGCUUUUUCAAGCAGUCCCUCUUUGCCCAGAUUGCGAAGCGGCUUGUCAGAUCGGCGGAUCUGAGCAGCUGUGAGCCUUAUGAGCUGACAAAUUUGCUCUGGGCUUUCGCUGUACUUUGCAAGCAGCGACGGCAAUUGGGGCAGGACCUGGCAGCACCAGUCCUAGCACUAUGUGCUAUGUCCACUGACAUCAUCGGCCAGAGAGGUGGAACUUGGAAGGUGCAGGUGCUGAUGUCCGCUAUGGUGUCCAUAUCCAUUCUCCCGUGGCACAGCUCCAGCCUCGAAGUCUUCUUCGGCAUGGUUGACGAGCUGGCAGCACGGCAGGCCGAACUCGAGAAGGAGAACACCAGGCAAGUGGGGCUAUCCUUCGAGGAGCUCCGCAAAAGGCAGCCGCAG